CCGAGACGGAGCUACGCUACCUGAGGACAAUGGACACUCCGUUUGAGAUUCCGUAUUGCAUCCUUGAGGAUGCUCCGGAAAACAGGCACACCAGACUCUUGAGGCCGUAUGUGGAGAAGCUUAUCCAUGAAGACGUAGAACACCCUGUUCAUUCUAACCCGUACAACAGGUUCAGUGUGCUUCGUAACGAGGUUCAAGAAGAAACAUUAGAGUACUGGAUUUCAGACUCCGAGAACGAGAAGAGGAGUGGCGAGAAGGGACAGAAUUCAGGCUCGGAAUCGGAUACAGGAUCGGGUUUGGAACAGAAAAAAAGGAACGGACUGCGCAGGGGAAAGACCAAGGCUAAUGGUAAGACAAAGACAAUGAAAGCACACAUCAAACUUGCUCAUGACGCACAGAUAUCGAGCGCGGGCUUUGCAUCACACUACGAGUUCAAUUCUCGAGAGAUCCAACAUAUCAAACAGCAGAUGUAUCUCUCGCUACAGCAAAAGUCACGAUCUACGCUGCCUCCAGAAACGGAGACAAAAGACAUCAAAAUGGCUCUGGUUUCUCUCUCGGGGUACGAAUGCCCACCUCCCUCAGUGUACUUCAAUUCUUCCCGUCCUAAUUGUGAAAGAGUAUCAUUUAUCAAAUACCUUUCAAGAGUGAUCGACACCCUUUUCUACAUCUCCUUGUACAAGCGUAACUGGAACCAGUGCUAUAGGCUCUUCAACAUUUUGCUAAGGACCUUUGACUCCGACGUUAAUCAGAUCUGGACGUUAGGUGUGCACAUGCUUUGCCAGCUCAACAUGUCCGAUUUCAAUAAAUACUUUCAAGUUGAAUGGAUGAAGUUCGAUAAAACGUCAUCGGCUGCUCCUCAAUUGUCGCCCAAGGUUCUCAAUGAGAUGGCCUUUCUACAAAACCCUGCCCUAGUCCCUCUUCUUUAUAAGGGCGAGAAUGACCCGGAUCUGAUCCGAGUUCUUCAGCGUACAGUGAUCCAGAAAAGACCUAUGUAUGACAUAAUUCUCAAAUUCUUACGACUCUUGAUGAGAACAUCCAGAAACCAGCAUCCCUUGAUAGGGGCAUAUCCGGAGCAGACUUAUGUUCCUGGAGGAAUUUUGCUACCGGAGAAAAAACCUCAUCAGAACAAGAGCCAGGAAGACACAGAAACAGAGCAAGAGGCUACUUCUACCUAUUCCCAACAUCAAGACAGGGGGAGGUCUAACUCAUCCCCUAUUUCUGCGAAUAGAGCAAAUUCACCUAAACCGAAAGACAACCAUGAUGAGUCAGUAGAUGAAGAUUCCGAAAACAGUUCCGCAAUAGAGAAAGAAAAUUUAGACACGGACUCGGACGCAGAGAUGGGUACCGACACAGACACAGCAAGUAAUAUCAACCCGCGUAUCCCCAUCUCGGCACAUAAAUCACCAAUAGUUAUCAAGAAUACUGCCUUUGAUCCGAAAAAUGAUGGGCAUGUUCCUCACCAGCAAAUAUUUAGAAAGUCUCUAAAGCGACAUUCUACCCCGUUACACAAGCAGGGAACACGUGUAAGAACACCAACGUUUACCCUCUCUUAUUUGUGGAUACUUGUUCGAAGUGGUCGUUUGAAUGUGGUGCAGCGGGCGCUAGAGCCACUACUUCUUGUUGUUCCAACGAGUACAGAUGCAAGAGUGGAGUUGGCAAAUUUGGCAAGUCGAGUUCUUGACAUUGCUGGAGCGGCACACGAGAUAAGUCUCAGUGACGAAUAUGAGUGGGAGAAGAUUUCUCUUGUCGAAGGGAGGUUAUCAGAAAUCGAAGAUUGCUGGCAGAAAUGGAAGGAUCAAUUCACAAGUCGUAGCAAAAAAAGGAGAAAAGGAGUAAGACAAUUCGAAGGAUACAAUGAAGUGGGGAACUCUUUAGCGAAGUUGAAGAAUUGGGUGAAUGAUUGUCUUUCGAGGAACAAGGGAGACCAGAAGAGUAAAUUUGGCUCAAAAAAACCUAAGCUAGACGAAUCCUACGAAUCUGCCGAAUCUGACGGCUAUAUUACUGCCAAUGAAGAUGAAACAGUGGGUGAGAAACCCGAAGACGACAUCAGCGAAGAUGCCGAUGCAGACGAAGAAGAGGAAAUCAGAAAAGAGAUGGAGAGGCUUUUAGGGUAUUCUGCCAUGGUUGAGGAGGAUGAAAGCCAAGUGAGGAAGAAUGAUGUAAAGGACGAAGAACUUGGGAAAGAUGUUUUUGCCAUGGAUGAUGACGAUGACGACGAAGAAGAAGUGCAAAGAGAAAUGGAACGACUAAUGGGUUAUGCGGAGGAGCAUAAUAAUAGCCUUGAUGAUGAAGACAUCGAAAACAAAGACGAUAACUUCAAUUCAGAAAAUGAACAGUUUUACAACGAGUACAAUAAAUGGCACGACAUUGACUCCGACAGUGAAUGAUUAAGAUAUCCCGGCGUCCCACUUUGAUGAUUUAUAGAAAUGUAGUAUAAUAAUGUAUUUUAAUCAGCUAUUUACUUAUCUCCGCGAAUCACGUGCCAGAUUUUGGGCGAGGGUUUG